GCGCCAGACGUACACGGUCUGCAGCGGCUGCAGCAACUGGGUGUACGACUGGAAGCUGCAGCGUUCGGGAGGCUGGUGCAACAAUUGCAACGACUACCUCAGCGGGUGGAGCGAGCAGCCGCCGUCUGCGGGCCGCAGCCAGCGAGGGGCUGGCAAACCCCCGUGGGCAAAGCAGCCCGUCACGUCGCCCGCGGACGAGGUGCAACACAUUAUUAACAAGUUCCAGCUGGGGAAGGGCGCCUACGCCACAGCCAAGGCCACGGUCGACCUUGGCCCGCUGCAGGCGCUCCAGGCUCAGCUCACUGCCAAGGCGCCGACGCCCGCGGAGAUCCCGAAGGCUAAGGCGCUCAGGCAGGCGAUCAGCAACAUGGACCAGAAGAAGGUGGCGCUGGCGAAGGCGACGAGCCAACUCGUGGAGGCGGAGCGCUGGCUCGGCGUCGCCAAGGAGAGGCACAACAAGGCGCUGGAGGAGGCAGCGGACGCGGAGGAGGAGCACGAGGCCAUCCUACGGGCGUACUCCAGCGAGGCCAUCCCCUCGCUGGACGAAGCAACGGCUAUGGAGUGGAAGGCGCCCGAGGUGGACCCCACGCUCUUCGACAACCUGGACGACUACGAGCCUGAGGAUAAGAACAAGCUACUCAAGUUCAGGUCGGAUCUGUCGUCCCUCGCGCAGCUGCUGGAGAGCGCCCAGAAGCAGUACACGGAGUUCACGGAGCUUAAGAAGCAGGCGGACGCCAUCCAUGCUUCCCACAAGGCGAAGAAGCGGAAGGCGAACACAGGCGAAGAGGCACCAGCAGCUGCACCUCCACCAGCAGCCGAUGGCGGCUCCAGUGCAACCGCUGGCUCUGCGGCGGCCAAGCAACCGUCAGAGGAAGAGGUGCAGCAGCGCAAGGACAGACUGGAGAGGAGCCUGCUCAAGCUGAAGGCGCUGCUGCUGCUGGUGGCCAUCGCCUUUAGCAAGGUGUUCUUCUCGAACAUCACGCAAUGGGGCCCCAAGGCCCACAAGUUCAUCAACGAGCAGGGCAACGACAUGGACAUCAUCAUGAUGUGCGAGACGCAUCUGGCGCAGGAUCAGAUGAAGCAGGUGAAGGUGGACGUGGCUAAGGACGGCUGGAAGUCGGCGGGCACAGCGGCGGUGCCCACGAAGCGCUCGGCGGACGGGACCUCGGGCGGUGAGCUUAUCCUGGUCAAGUCCCACAUCGCCUGCUCCACCUACGACACCAUCAGAGAGAGGCUGCAGAACGACGGGAAGAAGGACCCCUUCUACGGCUUCACGGCGGUGAAUCUCCACACCAAGGCGGGCAACGUGGUCUUGGUCUCAGCAUACUGGCUACCAGGAGCUGGUCUUCACGGACCCAAUCGAGAGAGGGUCCGAGCGCUGGCAGGAUUCGUGAAGGCGCUGGCGGACCCGUGGGUGGUCCUGGCGGACUGGAACGUCACCUUCGCGGACAUCGCCAAGACGGGCUACGUGCAGCAGAUCGGCGGAGCGCUGGUCAAGCCAGACGUGGAGGUCACCUGCGACAAGGGGAAGGGCAGUCUGAUCGACUACGGCAUCGCUAGGAAGGACUUCGCGCACAAGGUCAAGCUGGAGGCAGUCCGCACGGAGCAGGCCACGAUCGAGGAAGCGGAGUCUGAGAAGAAGGUUAAGGACUUCUACAUCACAGAUGAGACUUGGACGGCGGCGGUGGCGACG